CUACAUACCCUGCACGUAGUGUAUCCAUGAGUUUUGCGCUACUCUGGAGGUCUAAUUAGGUGAUGUGGGUUAGUGUCGUGCACAGCCGUGAAUUUGGUGUUGCCUUUCUCCUGUUGCACUCAUCCUUUCCUCACUGAAGAGCAUUAUCUGCCUCCUCUCACCAAGGUUUUACAUCUGAAAAUCGCGUUCGUUGAGACGUUACAAAGUUCGGGUGCGUCGAAGAAACUUUGGUACGAGUCGUUUACCGCACAACAUUGGCAUUUCCGCCAGUGGUUGUUCGAGCCGUUUGCAGCGCAUUGCACUGAUUUGUCGGUGGGAUGUGUUGAUAUGGCAACAUCAAACAUGCGAGUUUCUACCGUUGAUUAUCACUGCAUGCAGCGAAACUACAGCGCCAAGAGCAAUGUAUCAACACCUCACUUGGACCGAAAUCCUUCGUGUGGACCGAUUUCCAGCCGUGACCUUAAGCAUUCGCAAUCUUCUCCGUCUGAGCAGAAAUCCGAGUGUUAUCACUCCAAGGAUGCCAGCAAAAGGAAAAGGGUAAACCGAACAGCAAAGUUGAAGCAGUGUAAGCUUGACGCUCGACGUGAGCAGUGGCUCUCUCAAGGCAAUCACAGUCGUGGAAAGCAUGAGGAUCAGGACUGCCAUGGGAUUAUCGCUCUCAAAAGCAACAAAGAGAGCUCUCCUAGUAGAUACUUGGAACAGGGUUUUUGCAUACAGUCAAGUGGCCCUGGCCCUGGUUGUAGUGAGAGCUUUGACAUGGAACAGAGUCUAACUGGCCUCGCUAAAAAUGGGACAGAGUCUUCUGCAACAAAGCCACUGAUUAUUGGUCAAGGUGCUGUAAAACAGGCAGUUUCGCUUAGAUGGGAAGGUUGCAAAAGUCCAGAGGUUCAAGAUCUAAGCCGAGCGAAGAGCAAGUGUAAGGACAAGGACAUGAGGUUAAAUGUGGCUUCGCAUGAUGAAAACGAUCUUGUGGAGGUACAAGGAAAGUGCUUGAUGCAUAAGUGCUGUCUUACAGACAAGAGUAUCAUGUCUUCAAUGGGUGUGCACCUGAGUCCUAUCGGCCUGGCACCGGAUUCUGGCGGCACAAAUUUGGGAAAGAAAUUGGCAUUGACGCUACCAGAGGAACGUGCUUGCAGAUUGCAUUCGUUUAUUAGAGCUGAACAGGAGAUGCUGGUCAUCUCUGACCCGAAGCAUGACCGUGGACCUACGUGUGCGGGCUGUUAUGGAGGCGAUUGUAGUCCCACACAGUCAACUAGCAGCUGUACAAGCAGUGGCUACUCUGGAAGCUCAAGUGAAGAAACUGGGAAUUCCCUUACUCAUGACGCUGAAGAUGACUGGGAAGCUGUGGCUGAUGCAAUUUACAUGCAAGGAUCUGCUUGCAAAACCGCAGAUUCACAAAAAUCUAUUUGUAUCGAAAAAGAUAUAUCCGCGGAGAAACAGAGCAAGUGUGUAGCCGCUUCAGAGUUGCAGAGUGGGUCUCUCAAACCGGAGUAUAAGUAUAAGGCCGGGAUGCUUGGCGGAAGAAUGAGGGGAAUGGGGGGUAGAGCCUGGAGACCUGACGAUGCCGCCAGGCCACCCACCUUACCCAGGCUCUCCAAGCAACACAGUUUUCCACUUCAAUCUUCUGCGCCGAGUUGGAGCGGGGUGCAUGGCAAUAAUUUGUGGGGGCCACCUCCGGCUCCCCUAUACUGUCCUAUAUGUACGGAGGAAUUGGAUGUCACGGACUCUUCUUUUGUACCUUGUUCAUGUGGUUUUCGAUUGUGUCUUUUCUGUCAUCACAGAAUUGCUGCGGAGGAUGGUCGAUGUCCUGGUUGUAGGAAAACGUACAACACCGAUGUAGCCAUGAAACUUUCUCGAAGCUCAAGCGUCUGGCUGCGAGUUUAACUGAAUAUAGCGGAGAACGAUGCACCCUAUUUCCACUUUGUCACAUGGUACAGGCAUUUAUGUGGCAUUGGUAGGAAAUUAUAUAAACUGACAGAAUUUCAUCACACUUUCCAGAUUCUCUCUUUGUGAUAUGUUUGUUUCUUAAUCGGGUGCGAAGAUUGAUUUCUUGGUUACUGUUCUGUUGGAGGUGCACGCUGUGGAGCGUGCAGUGUCAGCAUGCAUUAUUCCUGGUCGGUUAUCAUUAUCUUAAUGUUCAAUAUUUGUUUCUAGGAAUACGCUGGACUUGAAAGUCACUCCAAAAUUAUGACUAGUUGCUGAUUCUCGGUUAUCUCCAACUAUCUUUCCAUCCUUAGAGUGUGACGUAGGAAGAGGCUGCUGCGGCCUCUUAUGAUUGUCAUAGGCAGACUCUUGUUCAGUUCAUGUUGUUUCAUAUACUUUUUUCAU